CUCGAAUCGUCGCGUCGCAUCGAUCGCAUCUUUUGUUCACAACACAACCUAAAUUAAACGUAAACGUAAAAAACAAAUCAACAGGUGAAGGAACCACCAUGCUGCAUGAUUUGGAUAACUCAGAUGAAGAACCGGAUUUCACUCAUGUCGAUCUCACCAAGAGAUGUAAUGAACCCGAAGCCGCAGAUACAGAAGAGUGCGACCGGCUUCCACGAAAGUACGCUCCAGAUGAUUUACUUUCCGAGGAAACGGAUCCCUCUUGCAAAGCUAAUUGGUUUUUGGCCGCCUACUGGCCGGUGUAUGUCGGAAAUUUCAAGGUGGAUAAAUGGGUGGAGGAUACUUGGUAUGAACAGGUUUCGAACUAUUUUGCAUACAACGGACUGCUGACGAGAAUGAUCUACAUUCAUCACCAACCGAAUGAUAAGGCAUUUUCAAAGUACCAGAGACAGUGCAUGCUCAUCGAUAUGUUGGUGUACUUUACAUCGAAAGCGGAUGCGGAUCGAGCAAUUGCCACAUGUCACCGGGAUCCCUACUUUGGAUACAAGCUGAUUGUUCUUCCGGGAAGAGAUCCGAUUUACUUUAAUAAAGAAAGAUGCGUUCGAUUCGCCGCUUUGGGCGAUUCAUGCAAAUUUACGCCAUUGGAAACGGUCAUGGAGAAUGCACUAUCCAGACACGGUCCAGUUACGUUUGCCGGCAGAUACCCAAACGAAAUCAUUAUACUUGAAUUUGUAAGUAUUCAGGCUAUGGUUGCCGCCGUAGCGAGUCAGUUUCGCUGGAAACCUUCUCCGCUAAAACAAGAGUUUAUGAAGCAGCGAUUUAUCGAAGAGGAUGUGAAAUUGGACAUUGAAUGGGCUAAGGAAUCGAAUCCAACGUUCAUGGAUAUGCAGCCAAAGCCGAGCGUGCUGGUCCACUUAUUCGAGGGUGUGCGACCGAACGUGAGUCCAUUGUGGAAGGGACAUGAAACGUACGUCAAGGCACCAGUCUUGCUAAAACUUCGCAAAGAAACAAACAAGAGGAUGAGAAUGCUGGCCUUCAACAAAAAAUACAAGAUUCAGAAGCCUAAAAAGCCUGAGACUGAGAUCGUGACACGGGAUCCUGCCCUUCCGCCGCCGAAAACCAGACGGCAAAAUGAGGCAGACAACAUGAAAUCGAUCAAUUGGUUCCUGCGGUACUACGGUGCAGCACCGAUCUCCAGGGCCACCGUUCGGGAUGUUCAAAUGAAGGUGCAAAAGCAAAUGCAAGGCAAAUAAAGUU